AUGUUCGCGCGAGUAAACGAUCGAUUCACGUUGCCGUACAGUGAGAAAAUAGCGCUUCGCGGAACGCUGCGCGAAUUGUUGACGCGAUACACGAAAACAAAUGAAAAUCGAGUGCUUUCGAUUGCGAUUCAUUUCGACAAAGCUGAGAAAAAGACAGGUGCAAAAUCGACGGCGAUCGAGGGUUUAUCGGCUCCCGAAGAAUGUGCGGCCACUUUUCGCGCUGAACUUCUCCCGUUGAAGCCAUUGAGAGGCGUGGACGAGAACAACGCCGAUGACAAC